UAUGGUCACUAAAGUUGUAAUAAAAAUCUAAGUCUUUGGUAAGAUUAUCAUUAAAUCUUAUGAUUUGAUUGACAAACUGUUCAAAAAUCAGCUCGUGAAUAGUUUAAUAGUUAAUAAAUUGUCGAUAUGAAUUUAAUUCGUUCAUCACUGAAUAACUUAUUGAUUGAUUUUCUUUUAAUCAAUGGACUAUUUCAUUUAAUACAAUCGAUUGAUGUUCAUCUUGAUUAUCAACAAUCAAAACUUAUGCAAUUGGGCUUUGAUAAUAUUUUCUGGUCGACAAUUAAUACUACACAAUUAGAAACAAUUAAUGUCUCAUCAUCUUGUGCAAAAAGCUUAAUCAAUGUUCAAAAAGCCUUGACCAAUGGACGAAAAUGGUCAAUCAAAUUGAUGUCCUCGUCAGGCCACUUUCCGAGAAACGCACUUUCAACGGGAUAUUCAGAUUUAGGAAAUUUCGACCAAUGUCUAAGUGUCCAGUGGACUAACGAUAUUAAAACAAAAUCGACAAGUGAAUUGGGACAACAUUGUACAAUAUCAUUUCUACCGACACUUAAUCGAUCCGAAUGGUCUAUCAAUCCAUUUACACGGAAUAAAGUAAUCGAACCAACUCAAGAAGCCGUUUUUAAGAUUGGCCUUUGUACUCCGUCAUCAUGUUCACAAAUCGAUAUUAUCAACAUUUUCACUAAAGCUUUGCAUCCACAUCAUUGGCACCUCAUUAAGAUUGAUCAAUGCAAAAUCAAAUCAUCAUUAAUUACGAGAAUCGUUGAAUCAAAUUUAUAUCAAAAAUUGUCUCUCAUCUUCAUACUCGCACUUUUGUUGGUCAAUAUUUAUGGAACUCUGUUGGACUGGUCAUCUGGACACUCGUCAAGUUGGACUAAUUGUUUCUCGAUAAUUAAAAGCUACGAUCGUCUUGUCAAUCCAAGUUCAGCUGCUCGGUGUCAAUUCAUCACCAAACUUGGCAUUUCUCUGCACUUAUACACAUUGGUACUCCAUUGCUCGGGCUGGUUUUUCAUUUGCAAAUUGAUUGUAUUUUUCUUUGAUGUUUUUCUCCUCGAGUUCAAAGACAAUAAAUAUUUACUCAGUUUUAUACCGAUUUAUGUGUACGAAAUACUCUUCGUCUAUGGAGGACUGACCAGAUCACUGGAGAUGUGGAGAGUUACUGGAAAAUCAACAACAAUUAUUUCAUCGUUUAAACAUAUAAUCGACAAGAUAAUUCAAAUUUUGCUUCUUCAAUUCGUAUUGUUGGCGAUCACUCUGAUUAGCCCGUUAAUUGUUACUGGUCCAUUUAGUGUGAUAGCUCUUGAUUGGACUGCUAAUAAUUGUAUUAAAUCAUUUUGGGCUAAUCUUUUGUUUUGGCAAAACAAUUAUCGUCCAUCUCAGGAAAUGUGUUUACUUCACACUUGGUCAAUUGCUCUUGAAUUUCAACUCUUGCCUUUAAUUGUUACAUUGAUUCACUUUUAUAAACGAAAACCCAAAUUUGCUGUAACGUUGAACAUUUUAAUCGUCAUCAGUGGACUGAUCUACUUUGGUUUAAACACACUAAUCAAUAACCUACCAAUUAACUUUCAUAUGGGCAAACUUGAUAUCGGGACAAUGAUACUCUUUGCUGAUUCUAUUUAUUUCCCUACACUGAUGCAUCUUUGGAUAUACCUGAUGGGACCACUUUGGACUUACUUGAUCAUGAAUGAUCAUCAAAUUGUUCAGCAAUUAAGAAAAAUUUCUCUUUCCUGUGUGAUACUUUUUCUUACGAUUUUACCGUUUAUCCGACUUUCAUUGGAAAACUAUUGUAAAGGGCCAACUUUAAACUCUAUUUACGUUGUCAUCUAUCGGCUAUUGACGAUAAUAUUUUAUUCAGUUAUCAUAAUGUCGAGCAGUGAACAGUUGAAAUCGUUUUUCGCUCAUCGGGAGGACAAAACGUUGAAUAAUAAUAACAAUAACAUAAUUAAACUCGCAGUUAAAUCAACUGACACUCAACGAAAUCAUCGAUUGCUUCAUUUUGUAUCGACAGUAUUGAGAUCAUCUUAUUAUGUCCACACUGUAGCAAUCGUCAUGGUCUACACGUACCAAAGAAAAGAAAUCUCGUCAUUCAUAAGCCUUGUUUUCACUGGGAUUAAAUGUGUAAUCGCAUCAAUUAUCGGUGGAUUUAUUUUCCAUUUAAUUGUAUUCGAUCCAGUCGGUAAAUUGAUUUGGUUUUGCAAAUCGAAGCCAAAAAUAAGUUGAAGCGUAAUGGACCAUUAAAUGCUCUCAAUGAAAGUGAAGAAGCUUUUUACUAUCGACAGAGAUCAAAAUUGAUUAUAAAUACAAUUAAUUUGUAUUUGAAAUUGAAUUAAAUUAUCAUAAGUCUAAUUCUAACAAUAAGAUCAAUCAAAGUCUUAAUCAUUUUCAGAUUUCUACAAUUAAACUAAUUGUCGUUGACAACUUGACUGUUGGAUAAAACUGAUUUGACAAUCGGUUAUUCAUAAUCGGUUUAAAUAUUCUGAAUGAUUUGCUUGAUAAUAAUUGUAACAUAAGAACAAAAAAAUAUCUAAUCUGAUUAAUUAGUAAACUAUCAUUAUUUGGUCAACAUGAAAAAUAAUCAAAUGAUUAUUACUCUGGAAAUCAAUCAACUCAAUCAACUUUCACUAGAAUAAAACUUAGUCCAAUUGUAAUUAAAUCUCUAAACAAUUAACCGUUAACAAUUAUAAUAAUUAACAAAAAAAAAUUAAUUUAUCAACAAGAGUACAUACAGGUCGGUACAUAAAACAUUUGAACAAUUUUGAAGCUCAAUAAUUAACAAAAUACUAGCAUUAUGUAUAUAUUAAUAGUAAUAUGAUUGAAUUCCCAAUAAUCAAUCAACAAAAUGAUCAAAGGUCUGAUUAGCAUUGAAACCAGAAAUUAACCAGAAUCAAUCGAUUAGAUUAUCGGUUAGCAAUCAAUAACACAAUUAGAUUGAAAUUUGAAAACAAUAACUGUUAGUAAUU